AUGGCUUCCGUCACAUGCCUCCCUGUCCACAUGAAGCCUCGUCUAGACAUCAAGACCUGCCAGCCCAUCAUUACUGAGAUUACACAAUGUGUCGAGUUCACUGAGUCCACUACAUCGCCAUCUGAGAUGUCUCCUAGAGUGAAACGGAUCGACCCGCCAGGUACAGAUACAGCUACAACGGCUAGAGGUACAGGCCCAGACACCGGUGCCAAGUCGCCAACCUCGCCCAUACAAACAAAGCGUAGCCGGCGGGAAACAGCAUCACGGCCAGCAUCCGCUACAAACUCAAGCAGUCACAGUCGAGGCCACAGCCAGAGCCACUCGCGCUCUGCCUCACGCAGCACGGUGCGAUCAAGCCCAAACAGUCGACGCAGCUCUUUACACUCAGCACGUCGAACUGUUCCAAACCCAGCCAUCGUACCAGUUCCAACGACUCGGACUUCACCACAGGAACGGCGAGAGUCCCUGAUAGCUCUACACCGAGACUCAUGUCGACUAUUCCAAGACGAGGCCUCAACCUCGAAAGACCCCUCGGCAGAAGUGCAUACACAUACACGACCACGCCAACCAUCCCUACAUCGAAGAGCAUCGUCGACAACCUACCCACGCCGGGAUUCGCGCGCAUCAGAAGAAAAGGGAAACUCAGCGCCGUCCUCCCCGAUCGCGCCUUCUGCUUCGUUCGCCAGCUUCCGUUUCGAGCCUGAAGCUGCGCCGCCGUUCCUCGCUUCUAGGGACCGAUCCUACACUAUGCCUAGCCAUAGUAACGUUAGCCCAGCGAAACAUCAUCACAGUCCAUCGACUUCAUCUAUUCACGUCCCGGCGACGGUGAUAGAGUGGACUUCUCCCUCGACUCGCCGGCGCGAGUACGAGAAGAUCGAUCGGGCGAGUAGUGGUAUGCGCGGUCUUUGGCGUCGUGUUGCACCGCGUUGUUUACAGACUCGCGAGUCGAGGACUUUAUUCUUUGAAGAAGGGAAGCACGAGCGGGAGGGCAGCGUGCGACGGUUCCGCAUGGAUAUUCCUGAAGAUGAGGAAACGGGGAAAGAAUCUGUUUCCCCGACUGGAAAGUCGCAGGUGCAGCUUUUGGAUUUUCUGAGCAAGCAUACAAGCUCAAAUUCCCUCUCGCGCUCGAAUUAUUCUCCCUCACCUGAUGGCUCACGACGACGCUGGGCGUGUCUCCGCUCUAAGACCUCCUCUGCCUAA